AGGUAUUGGGUUCAAUUCCUGAUCGGUCAAGGAUUUUUUCGGGUUGGAAACUUUCUUGACAUGCCUUGGGAUAAGUAGUGGGCCUGAAGUAUCGGCUAGAAUUAGGCUUGGGUUUGCUCAGCUGCUUGAACUCGGAAACGAUAGAAUCGUGGCCGGGGAUCUGAUAAAGUGGGAAUUCCCUUGUAAAUUUGUGGCUAAUACUGACAUAGGUAUUGGGUUCAAUUCCCGAUCGGUCUAGGGUCUUCCCGGGUUGGAAAUUCUCUCGACAUGCCAUGGAAUAAAUACGAUCAGAUAAUGGCUUAUAUUGUUCUUUCGAUUAGUAAUCUAUGUCUGCGAGAUAACCAGUCCGUUUUCCUUUCAAUUUCAAUUUACAUACUGGUUAGUUAAUGAAAAAUAUAAAUACCGUAAUAUAAUAAUUAUCAAUAAGAUAACUCGUCCCGCUCAAACCUCUGUAGGGGAAUGAGGUGGGACCAUCAUCAUUUGAAAAAAAAAUAAUACACUUGGUAUAGCCAGUUUCCAACAUUUCGAUUUUCUUUCUGUAGAACGUCUAAGUCUUUGACAUAUGCCUCAGGGCAAUGCUGUAGACUGCCUAUUGAACAUAGGAGUGUGGUAAUGGAUCCACGUUUCAUCCAUUGUCACAAAACGUCGAAAGAAGUCCACUCGAUUACGCUUGAACAACGCCAAACCGGCUGUUGAAUCAUCAACGCGCCGCUGUUUUUGGUCGACGGUCAGCAAACGCGGCACCCAUCGCGCGGAGAGCUUUUUCAUGUCCAAAAGGACGUGCAAAAUGUAUCCCACUCGUUCUUUUGAAAUGGCUACGGCCUCAGCUAACUCGCGCAACUUCACUUGACGAUCGUUCAAAUCGACUCGUUUUGAACGAGAACUUAUUUUACGAUUUCUGAAUUCGUAACCUCUAUUGGCCUUCCAGAGCGAGGUGCAUCUGCGGUGCUUGUACGGCUGAUUUUAAAUCCACUAAACCACCGAUAAACUGUUGUUCUAGAAGGAGCAGGAGUGGAGUGGUUCUUCGCUUCGGAUCCUUCGCUCUUCUGGGACUUUGUGAAAAAACGAAGAUCAUUCACUCGUAUUCCAUACCAUGUUAAAUAUGCAGAAUCUCAUGCAAGCUCAAAUGCAGAAGCAGCGGAACUUUUUGCUGCAUUUUUUGAGAGUGUGUUCAGCAAAGUGUCGCCCGUUAGUCGUCGCAAUUGCUUUACUAACAUUCCAUCGUAUGAUAUCCCAUUCCCAGUUUUGCAAUUCACCAUUGAAGACGUGAAGAAAUGUUUUGAAGAACUUGACACCAAGAAAAUAUCGAGUGCCGAUGGAAUACCUCCCUUACUUCUUAAGAACUGCUCUUCCACCUUGGCGACGCCCAUCGCAUUCAUACUCAACCGUUCACUGCGCGACCGAACGUUUCCGGCUGCAUGGAAACGCGCCUCUAUUGUUCCGAUCCAUAAAUCCGGAAACUGCAUUUAUGUCAGCAACUAUCGUGGCAUAUCAAUACUGAGCUGUCUGAACAAGGUCUUCGAAAAGCGAAAAGUGCAUAAGGCAUUGUACAACGUGUCAGCUCCAAUCAUCUCUGAUACCCAGCAUGGCUUCAUGAAGCUUCGGUCUACUACAACUAAUCUGAUGUGUUACGUCACCGCUGUAUCUCGUGAAAUAGAAAUCAGGCGGCAAGUAGACUCGGUGUACAUCGAUUUUGCGAAGGCAUUCGACACUGUUCCGCAUAUCCUUAUAAUCAGCAAGAUGAAAUACAUGGGAUUUCCCGAUCGGUUUAUGGAGUGGCUGUGGUCAUACUUAUCGGAUCGUUCCGCUUAUGUGGUGGUUAACUCUUCACAAUCUAGACCAUUCAAUAUUACGUCUGGCGUACCUCAGCUUUCUUUUGCCGACGAUCUCAAAUUCUAUCGGAGUAUUACCUCGCCUCUGGAUCAUGCCGCCUUGCAAGACGAUAUAAACCCUGUGCUGAUAUGGUGUGGCGAUAACGGUAUGCGUGUAAAUAACAACAAAUGCAAGAUUAUCACCUUCAGUCGACGUUGUAACCCUGCCUACCACGAGUAUUCCAUGGAAGGAAAACCGCUUGAUUGAGUCAAAUCCAUCUGCGAUCUAGGAGUGACCAUCGACGCUAAACUCAGGUUCAACGAACACAUAGGAAUCAUGGCCGCCAAAGCUUUUUCUGUUGUUGGAUUUAUCCGUCGACACGCUUCCGAUUUCACCGAUGUUCACGCAUUAAAGACAAUAUACUGUUCUUUGGUGCGCUGUAUAUCUGGAGUAUGCUGUCCCUAUCUGGUGCCCGUAUCACACAUCGCAAAUAAUCAUCAUUGAACGCAUACAGAGGAAGUUCAUACGGUUUGCACUACGUCAUCUUCCAUGGAAUGACCCUGUUAACCUUCCUCCAUACUCCGACCGUUGUCAGCUGAUCGACCUGGGGACGAAAUCUAGCAGAAGGGGGUACAUGCAGCGCUUAUUCGUCUUUGACAUGCUACGAGGCUACAUUGACUGCUCUGAACUUUUGGAACAAAUCCCAUUCUGCGUUCCACCGCGUCAUUUCCGGAGUUCUUCGGUUUUGGCACUUCUCCGUCACAGGACCAAUUAUGGUUACAACAAUCCGUUCGACUCGUGUCUUCGUGCAUUCAAUAAUGUGAGUGAUGAGUUCGAUAUGAAUCUGUCCGAAAGCUCGUUUCAAAGAAGGAUUAGGAAUAUUGUAUAAUUUAAGUAGUUUAAGUAAAGUAAUAUUUUCAGUCUGUACGGCUAGGGCGAAGACGGUGAUAAAUAAAUAAAUAAACAUUUCGUCAACUGCAUUGAUUGUUCAGGAGUUUUUCCUUUAUAAAAGCAAUGUGGUCAAAAUACGAUAUUCCCCUUUUUCCAUUUUCUAUACGAAUUCUCAGGAAAUGACUUA